AUUAAUUAUUAACAUAUGUCAUAUAUUCUUCAACAAAAAAGCAUAUGUUAUAACAACAUGCUCAUUGGCAAAUUGUUCAAAUGGUAGUCCCAAAUAUUCACGUUUUGAUGGCAAACACAAUGUUCACUCAAAAGUCAACUUGCUUAACCUUUGGGAUAUUUGGUAGAUAUCAAGCUUCAAAGGUUGAUAAUUCCAAUCAUUAUCUGAGAUUCAAUUCCAAAAUCCAACAUCACUUCUCUGUUUCACAACACAACCAUGGAUUUAGAAUUCAAAAACACAACCCCAAAAGAAAGAUGCAAAUAAAAUCUUGGUCAAUUUUCUGCGCUAGAGAACCAAGAGAAGCACCCACUUUGGUUGAUCGUUUUCGUGAUCAUUGGAAGUCUUGGAUCCUUGGAACAAUAUUCACCAUACUUCUAUCCUUUAUUACUAGAGGGAAAUGGGGACCUUUGCUACUACUCAAAGAGAAAGUUGAAACAACAAUAGAAAAAGCAGAACAAGUAGCAAACAUUGUGGAAGAAGUGGCUGAAAGGGUGGACAAGAUGGCAGAAAGAACUGCAAAGAAUCUUCCCAAAGGAAAACGACGAGUUGUUGCUGAAUUUGUUGAAAACGUAGCAGAAGAUGUAGAGAAGAUUGCUCAAAAUGCAGAAGACGCAUUAGAAAAGGUGGAAAAUAUGGAAAAGGAGUUGGAAUCAUUCAUGCAAUCUUCCACUGAUCAUCAUGAAAAACUUAUCUCCCCUACAGAAUCUAAAGAUAAAAAAUAGAGAAAGAAACCACUUUCCGGACCAUAUGACAUUCUUGUUCCAAGAACAAACAAUACGAAAUUUCAACAUGUUUUUUAGGACUUACAAAUCUCUUUCUGGUUCCAAGAAGCUAAGAGAUCAAAACAUCCUUCUCAAUGUGAGAGAAUGUCAAGUAUUAUCAAAACACUAUUCUUCUAUAUGAGGGAUAUUUUUUAGGAUUUUUGUAAGGGUUCUUGUUCUAAUCUCCAUUAUUAAACGUUUGAGAGUUGAAGUAAGUGUGGUUAUUUCCUCAUUAACCUCAACAUUCCCAUAUAAUUUUCUAAUUAUGACAUCGUAGAAUUCUUCUUUGAUUUGCA